CUUUUUUACUCUAUUAGCCAUUAGAUCAUUCACUUUCUUCACGCUCGUUUUUAAUCGGCUUCCUCUCUCGGCUCUCCUUUCACUCGCCCUCGUUGUAUAAAUAAAACGUACUUUCCUUCUCUUCUUGUACUUUUAUUACUCUUUCUUCUUUUUUUUCCUCUUCUUUUUCUUUUCCAACUCUCCUCUCUUUUAUUCCUUUCUUUCCUUUAUAUUACCUCCCCACUCUAUCAACAUUUAACUUCACCUUUUUCAGCUUUGAUCUGAUUUUACAACAAAAAAAAAAACCUCCCCAACUACAGUAACUAAUACUCAAUACAUAUUACAAAUAAAAAUGGCUGCCAGGGAAAAGAAGUCUCCUCUCACCAACUUGGUUGCCGGUGGUACUGCUGGUUUCAUGGAGGCCUUGAUCUGCCAUCCUCUUGAUACAAUCAAGGUCCGCAUGCAGCUCGCCAAGAACGCUCCCAGAAAUGCUGCUGGUGGCAACUUGUCGUUCUUGGGCGUGGGUAUGAGGAUCGUCCAAAAGGAAUCACCUCUUGCGUUGUACAAGGGUCUGGGUGCUGUCACAGCGGGUAUUGUCCCAAAGAUGGCUAUCCGUUUCACCACCUUCCAGUUCUACAAGGACCUCAUGGUUGACAAGAAUGGCACGCCCUGGAAGUUGAACAAUUUGUGGGCUGGUCUAUUCGCUGGUAUCACUGAGGCUGUCUUGGUAGUCACCCCCAUGGAUGUGGUCAAGAUUCGUCUUCAGGCACAGCGUCACUCUAUGACUGACCCUCUGGAUGUGCCCAAGUACCGCAACGCCGCUCACUGUGUCUUCACUGUCGUUCGUGAGGAGGGUGUUGGUGCUCUUUACCGCGGUGUUGCUUUGACCUCACUUCGCCAGGCCACCAACCAGGCUGCAAACUUCCCCACAUACCACUUCUUGAAGGGUCAGCUCUUGAAGAUCCAGGAUGUCAAGGAGUUGCCCGGCUACCAAGCCGCAGUCAUCGGAUGCAUCUCUGGUGCUAUGGGUCCUCUUGUCAACAACCCCAUCGAUAUUGUCAAGACUCGUAUCCAAAAGACUCCCAACCCCGAGGGUCUCAGUGGCUGGGCUCGUUUUACCGACGUCAACUCACAAAUCUUGAAGAACGAGGGCUGGAGGGCUUUCUACAAGGGCGUUACACCCCGUGUGCUCCGUGUCGCUCCUGGUCAGGCCGUCACCUUUGCUGUCUACGAGCGCGUCUCCAGCUGGUUGGACCGCAACUCAGACACCUUCAAGUUGACUGCUGCUGCCAAGUAAAAUGUAUGAUUUAAAAAAGAGCGGGU